GCGUGUGUGUAUAUAUAUAAACACAUAUGUACUGUAUUCAGCUGCAGCGCGGGGGCGGCCCACGGCAUUAGAAGGCGCCGGAAGUGUCCGUGUCGAGGGGCGGCGGGAGAGGAGCCACUAAAGCAAGCCAGUCAGCGGAGCUAGGCGCAGCGGUAAGACUCGUGUCCGCCGCGUCCCGAGUCCCCGGCCCAGCCGGGCUUUUCUCUUCGGCCAGACAUGGACUUCAGGGAAAUCCUCCUGAUCGCUUCCAAAGGACAAGGUGUCAACCAUGUACCGAAAAGGUAUAGUUUGGCAGUGGGGCCUCCCAAGAAAGACCCCAAAGUUAAAGGUGUCCAGUCGGCAGCUGUGCAGGCUUUCCUUAGGAGGAAAGAAGAGGAGCUUAGACGGAAAGCCUUAGAGGAGAAAAGGAGGAAAGAAGAGCUAGUGAAAAAGCGAAUUGAGCUCAAACAUGACAAGAAAGCAAGAGCUAUGGCCAAGAGGACAAAGGACAAUUUUCACGGUUACGACGGGAUUCCUGUUGAGGAAAAGUCAAAGAAGAGGCAGGCAGUGGAAAGCCGCCUGAACCAGGGAACUGACCCAGAGUUUGAGAUGGAGGAGGAGGAGGAGGAGUUCCUAGACUACAGUCAAGCUGAGUUGGAGCAGGAAUAUGAGGAGGAGCCAGAGCCUCCCAAAGCUGAAAGCAAACCAAAGGCCCCCCUUAAAAGUGCCCCUCCACCCAUGAACUUCACUGACUUACUGAGGUUAGCUGAGAAGAAGCAGUUUGAACCCGUGGAGAUCAAGGUCGUGAAGAAAGCAGAGCAGCGGCCCAUGACUGCUGAGGAACUUAGGGAGCGAGAGUUUCUCGAACGGAAGCACAGGAAAAAGAAACCCGAAACAGAUGCCAAACUACCUCCGCCUGUGUCCAAAAGGGCACCGUCUCAUAAAGACAGCGUGGGCACAAAACCCAGCAAGGGUUCUGCGGACAGGCAGCUUUCUUCCAAAGGAUCGCCCUUUCCUCAUGCUGAGAAGAAAUCCAGACCCAGCACAGCCAAUGAAAGACAAGUAGCUUUGUCUUCAUCCAAAUCCACGCCGGGAGAGAGGACCAAGGCAGGAUCUGGCAGUAGUUCCCAACCCUCACUUCGGGAAGGUCACAACAGACCUGUCCUCAAUGGGGCUGGAAAGCCUCACCCCAGCACCUGUUCACCAAGUGUCCCAAAGACUUCUGCUAGUGGGACUCAGAAAUCUGCUUCUGAGCACAAAGCCAAAAAACCUCUUCCUUCUCAUCCCAGCCAUUCCAAGCCUGGCCCCACAGUUCUCUCGCACAACAAAGCUAAGAGUCCAAGUAUCAGACAGCCAGGCAGCAACUCUGGCUCAGCUCCUGGGCGACCUAGCCCAGGGACAGCUCGGCCUACAGUUAGUUCUGGCGCUAUGCCCAGGCACCAGAAUGGCAGCUCCAGGUCAGGACUUGAGCAGUCAGUCAGUGGGAUCAGAAAGCUGGCCAGCAAUGCACAUCCCUCCGGACGAACAGUCAAUGGCACAAAUGGGCCUGGACGACCUGCAGGCAGCUCAACUGGCCCUGGGCGACCCCUCAGUGGCCCUAGUGUUUCUGGGAGACCUGUGAGCAGUUCUGGAGGUCCUGGGAGGCCUGCCAACAGUCCCCAUGACAUUCGACGACCAAUGAGCAGCUUAGGCUCCCCUGGGCAGUCAGUCAUUGGCCCUGGGAGAUCCAUAAGUGGUUCCAUUCCAACUGGACGAGCUGUCAGUUCAGGUCCUGGAAGACCAGUGAGCAGCUUAGGACCUGGACGAACAGUUAGUAGCCCAGGCCUCCCCAUAAAACCCAAGUGCACUGUUGUCUCAGAAACAAUUUCUUCUAAGAAUAUUGUUAGUCGGUCAAGCAAUGGACAGAUAAAUGGAAUGAAGCCUCUCCUGUCGGGCUACAGAUCUGCCCAAGGUCCUCAAAGGCUCCCCUUCCCUACUGGCUACAAAAGGCCUCGAGAGUAUGAAGAAGAAGAAGAUGAUGAAUAUGACUCAGAAAUGGAUGAUUUCAUCGACGAUGAAGGAGAACCUCAGGAAGAAAUAUCCAAGCACAUUCGGGAAAUCUUUGGCUAUGACCGGAAAAAGUAUAAAGAUGAAAGUGACUAUGCCUUACGUUACAUGGAGAGCAGCUGGAAGGAGCAGCAGAAGGAGGAAGCCAAGAGUUUAAGACUAGGUAUGCAAGAGGACUUAGAAGAAAUGAGACGUGAAGAGGAAGAAAUGAAACGUCGAAAGGCCAAGAAGCUCAAGCGCCAUUAGCUGCUGCUGAAUUUGUGAAUUUUGGGUAUUGCUGUAAGGAUUUCCUGCCUUCAGACUGAACAAGCCCCUUAUCAGUUUAGAUUUACACAUGAGCACUCAAGAGGAAGGAUGAAGGAAAGCAUACUGUCAUUUGCAGGCUAUCAUUUGAGUAUACCAUGUUUUCAAAUAGUCCAGGUGGAAUCUGUAAUACAGAUGAUACGAUGCUUGCCUUGUGCCCUGAUGAAGUUAACCAUUCACAGGUGCCGGCUUUGAUCCUGUUGAGCUAUGCACGCUAAUGUGGGGUCACUCACCAGUCUAUUGGUCUUUUAUUGUUCCUUUGCUACUUUAAAAGGAGAAAAAGAUUGAUGUGUGAGUAGGGUACUACCCAGAUCCCAGUCAGACUUGUCCUUAUGAAGGGCCCAGCCCUUCUGUGAAUGCUGCCAGCAAUAAAGUGACCUGUCCGA